CAAUACUACCGAUUGCAGAAAGAGGGGCACAAGAAGAGGAACAGGGAGGAGGGCGGGAACUACGCCGGUUCCGUUUUGAAAGCGUCGAGAAAAGCGAGCCCCUCUUGUACACGACGCAAAAGAAAGCUGAAAAGUGUGCCCAAGGAGGUGACUUUCUUCUCCUGCUCACAUGCGCAUUAGCCUCAGAAAGAAGGCGAUAGAUCAGGAGGUUUGUUAAUGCGUUCGACAACUUUUUCAACCGUCGCAUGUAAAAAAGAUGACAACUUUAAGAAGAAAUCGGUGUGAGAAGGACAAGCUCACGCUGAUUUUGUGCCCUCUGACACUCCGUCCAUCUGGUGUGAAUGACACCGACUUCGUCGGUGGCAUCUUGGAGUGACGCGGAGGAGUUUCUUUUUUCUGGGGAUUUUGCACCUUGAUGAGAUAUUGUUCGUCGCAAAAGAUGAAAUUGGGGGGAAAAGGUGGAACUUUUGGAUGAUUUAGGACUUUCCGUCCUGGCAAGCGGCGAGUUUUCUGAGCUUUGACUGUGGCGGAACAGGAAGGUGGUGGUCGGAAGACUGCUGCUGCUUCAUUUGAUGGUUGACAUUUCAGGAUGGACCGUCGGAGUUGGCUGUGGAGGCGCAAGUCAUCGGAGAAGAGCCUCGGUGAGACUGAGAGUUCCGGAUCGGUAUCCUCUCAGUCUGAAAGAUACUCAGAUGACCAGGAAGCAUUGAGGACUUCUCCAAAUGAUACUUCAGCUAGCCAUGCCCAAUUGCCAGAGGUUGCAUCAAAUACUUGUGAUACUGAAGUUGAUAAAUCUUUGAAGAGAUUGACAGGAAAACUAUCGGCUGCUCUUCUGAACAUCAGUGCUAAAGAGGAACUCGUCAAGCAGCAUUCUAAAGUUGCAGAAGAAGCUGUUUCAGGCUGGGAACAGGCUGAAGCCGAGGUUGCAACACUCAAGCAGCAGCUUGAAACUGCAGUCGAAAAGAACACUUCACUCGAAGAUAGAAUUACCCAACUCGACGGGGCUCUCAAGGAAUGUGUCAGUCAGUUCCAUCGAUUCAGGGAGGACCAAGAAGAGAAAGUUCAGAAUUUGGCCACCAGCAAGGGAUGUGAGAAGUAUGAAUCUGAGAAACAACUUGCGGAAAUCAAACCGCAGAUUGAUGCUGCGAAAAUUGAAUCUACGACACUUGAUCAUGGACUUCAGGCAAGAUUUGAGACGGUCGAGAAAGAAAACAUGGCUCUGAAGACUGAAGUUCAUUCCCUGUUCAAACACCUCCAAGUUCUAUUGAUGGAGAGGGAGCUAAGUAAUAAAGCAGCAGAGAUAGCUAGUAAGCAACGCUUAGACAGUAUAAAAAGGAUCACCAAACUUGAAGCUGAAUGCCGUCAAUUACUCCAUAUGAAUCGUAAGUUAUUGUCCACCGGCGAUCCCAAACUAAUUGGAAGCUCAAUCUGUGUUGAAUCUCUCACAGAUAGCCAAUCAGACAGCGGAGAUAGAUUGCCUGGUACAGAAAUCGAACUUGGACGAUCAGAUUCAUGGGCAUCUGCUUUAAUCGCUGAGCUUGAUCAAUUUAAGGGCGAGAAGCCAACUCCAAGAAUUAUCGAUGCUUCUGUUGAGAUUGAGCUUAUGGAUGAUGUCCUUGAGAUGGAGAGAUUUGUUGCCUUGCCUGAGUCGGAUGCUGAGAUCAUCGAGCCAGGAGACAAGUCCUUCCAAGUUACUAAGGAUGACUUACAGAUUGAAAAUGAAAUCAUGGACCAUAAAUUGAUUGUGUUAGAAGAGAAGGUUGAGAAACUUGGAUACGAGAAAGAAGAAAUGAGGAUAGCUUUGGCAGAAUCGCAUCGCCAGCUUGAAGUCUUUUGCAAUCUGCUGGCUGAAGCUGAAAAUAAAAUAGUUGAAAUGCAAACAAAGAUGGACUUGGCUAAUGAAUCGAAAGCAAGUACAGUUGGAGAUUUGGAGGGAAUGUGGAAGGAACUGGAGACUCAGCUCGAGCUAGCAUAUUUGGAAAAUGGGAAGCUCUGUGAGAAGAUAUCUUUGUUAGAAGAAAGCCUCCAGGAUGAUCGAAUACUGUCUGCUGAACAUGAAGCGAAAGUAGAGAUUGCUGAGGUUGCUCGGCAGGAACUGGAUUCCCAGCUUAAGUCAGCUCUUCAAGAAGUUAGUACUUUUAAUGAAAAAAUUGGAGUGUUGGAAUGCCAGUUAAAGGAGGGAAGGGCACUGUCUUCAGAAUUAGCAGCAAAAGUCGAUUCUUUAGAAGCGACAAACAAGGCAUUGGAAUCUCAGCUUGAUCAUGCAAAUUCUGAAGUUAGGAAGCUAAAGGAGAAGGUUAAUUUCUGGGAACUAAAAGCUGAAGAAGAGACUAAAUUAUCUACAGAAUAUGCACUUAAACUAGAAGCGUCAGAGGCAGAAACGAAGAAACUGGAACUUGAUCUCAAGUCAGCUCAUUUGUUUGCUAAUAAAGUGCAGGCUGCAGAGGCGGCAAAGAUGUCGGUAGAAAUUCAACUUGAAUCUGCACGCUUCGAAGUUCAGAAGCUGAGCGAUGAGGUAGUUUUCCUAGAAAGGAGAGUUGACGAGGAAAGAGCAUUGUCUGCAGAAUAUGCAGAUCGGUGUCGGAAACUGGAAGGUGAAUUCUUCAAGAUGAACCAAGAAGCUGAUCUUUUGAGAGCUUCAAGAUCCAGUCGAGAACUUAAGAUCAAACAGGAAAGAGAUCUUGUUGUGGCUGCUGGCAAAUUGGAAGAAUGUCAGAAGACGAUAGCCUCGCUGAAUCAGCAGUUGAAAUUCUUGACAACAUUUGAUGGUCUCAUCCUUGAAGCUGAGAUGCCAGAAUACAAUGCGAGCAUUCGAGAUCAUGAUGAUAGCAUUAUUGAAGUCAAAGGUUUCUUUCGCAACAAUCCAUUAGAGGUAACAGACAAUUACAAAUUUUCGAUUGGCGGCGAGAAAGGUUUGGUAGAGCCUUCUUCAGUCUCUUUGAUUUCUUCUGCUUCUUCCCCUAAUUUAUCUGAGAAUACUAGAACACUAUUGUCCCGUAGUAGGAGCACCGCUUGUUAGAAACUACAGGAAAUAGAAAUUCACCGAGAACUAUUUCGAUGUUUAUACAUUGCAAAUCUACAGCUAGAGAUUGAUGCUUGGUCUCAACUCAAAAUCAGCACCUAAAGACAAAUGAUGAUGCAAAGUUCUUGGAAUGAUUAGGUUUUUUGAUAGGUUUUGUUGUUUAUAUUUGAGUUAGAAUGGCAUUGCGAUGCAAAAAAAAAGCACCAUGCAUCAUUUGAGUCAAUACGAAGAGCUUUCUGAGAACUUUCAUGUUGGAGCCAAAAGGAGUGCACCGAUCUUGGUUGAAGUUAUAUCAAGACUUAAUUAUCCACUAAAAGAUUUCUUGAGCUCGAGCAAGAUGCGGUCUUUUAACUAUCUCAAGUUCAAAUGUGUAUACCAUGAAUACAUUGGCCAUUAGAGGGUGGUGAGAGCUCAUUGCAAACUCACUAAGAAUGUCGAAACAAAGAGUGAUUGAUCAAAUAUGCCUAUUUCUUGAUAUUCUAUUGUAUGUAUGAUAGUUUAAUUUUCAAGGCUU